AACAGAAGAACUUCUACCAAAAAUGGAGGCCAUUCGAUGAUCGAAUCUGAUGAUCGUGAGACCACAUUUAGAUAUAAUUUCUUAGCUAUUUUCGCACGGAGCCGGUUGUUAGUCUUCAAAACAGAAGAUGAAGUCGAUGAAGGCUAAGUCUAAGAACAAAAAAAAUAAUGCAAAGUUUGGUAAAUUAAAAUUUGGUACAAAAGAAACUAAUAAUGUUAUUUCUCCGGAUUUGUCGACAUUAAGAAAACCAAUUGAUAUUAGUGUUUCAAGAUUAUCUCAGAUUUGUAAACUUCUUGAAAAUGGUAGUGAUGAGGUUAAAGCAAUAUUAGCUUAUGAGUGCGACAUAAUUUAUGAGUGUCGUGUUUGUCGUAGUUUAUUUCGUAGUCUUGUCAAUUUUAUUUCACACAAAAGAGUAUAUUGCAAAGACAAAUUUAAUAUCACUUUGAAUAAAAAUAUUUUCACCGAUGAUGAUGAGGCAUAUACCAAUGGUUCGUUUAUACGUUUGCAUAUACCAGAAGAAGAAAAUGUCAAGGAAAUUUGUAAUAAUGAUAGAAUUCUCAGAAGUCAAGUACCUAAGGAAGAAAACAAGAAAGAUCUCACCACUAUAAUAGAAAUGCUUCAAAAGAAGCAAAACUUACUUGAAAAUAGUUUUAUACAAGAAACAGAAUUUAAUAAGAAUUGUAAUAAUUUUAAUCCAAGGGAUUCGAAUAAUGAUGUCGUCCAGGAUGGAGUAGAUAAAUCAGAAGUUUCUAUUGUAUAUCAAACUGACGACAUGAAUAAAGAACAGAAUUCCAAAUUACAAAGUAUGAUAAACCAAAGUACUGGAGUAUUAGGACCUAAUGGUCAACUAUUAGAAAAAAAGGAUUUAUAUGAAGAUAAUAAUUCAAUCCCAUCCUUAGUAAAUGACGAAGACAAUGCAUUUUUGAUUGAUUCACUAUACAAUAGGAAUUUAAUUUGUUCUAUAUGUAACGCAAAGUUUUCUACCAAGAAGACAUUAACGUUUCAUAUGAAAACGCUACAUACAUCUCAUCGUAUGUCCUAUCCAUGUCCGUGUUGUACAAGUACAUUUGUAAAUACUUGGAGUGUAUAUCGCCAUCUAUUCAAAAUUCACAAAAUGUCGAACGAACAAGUACGGAAACUGAGAAUGCAAAUACAAGAAAAAGCAUUUCGUAAGGAAAUAACACAAACGGAUGAUACGGAGCAAAAUAAUGCAAAUACCAAAACUUGUGAAAUAGUAGAUUUACAAGCAACUAAUGAAACUCGCGAAUGGAUGAAUCAGUUAGAAUCCGAUUCAGAGCUCCAAAGAUGUGGUGGAUGCGGUAAAAGAUUUGAUAGAAAAGCUGCUUUAUUUUCGCAUUCGCAACAUUGUCAAAGGCGAAUUGCCGCAUGCAACGAAGCUAAAAUUAAAGAAAAGAAAGCAGCUAAAACUACGACAAAUAGCAAUAAUAUACCUAAUGUGCCAGUUAUUGCAGAAACGCCUCCUGAAAUAACUGAAUUGAAUGAAACAUCUAUUCGUGUAGAAAACAUAAUUACCCUUUCAGAUGCAGACUGGGAUAUGAUUGGUAAUGAGAAUUCUAAUGAUAGUAGAUGUUCUGAUGUAGUUAGUGUUUCAUCAAGUUCAAGUGCUUCCCCAAAUCAAGAAUCAUUUAAUAAUAGCACGAAGAAAGAUUCAUCUCCGUCCCAUAAUACUACGGAGUCUCCUGAAAUUGUGUAUACAUCUGAAAUAAUAACUGUAAAGAAUGGAAGUAAAAAAAGAAAAUUAGUAGCAGAUCAUACAUUGAAAAUAUCAAAAGAUAUUACAGAAAAGACGAAAUCUAAUAAUUCAAGCAAAAAUAUUAGCCGAACUUUGAAUUCGUCAUCUGCUCCAUCAAAAAAUCAACUUGAUCUAACAACAAUAAUGGAAAAUAAAAUAGCGACUAUAGCAAAUCUUCGAAAGUUACAGUGCCUUCCAUGUAAAAGGAAAUUUACAUCCAUGACGAACUUACGUAGACAUAUGGCAAUUCAUAUUGGUUGGAAUAGAUAUCGUUGCAAAUUAUGUGACUUUAAAUGUUUUGCAAAAUAUGAUUGUGUUGCUCAUUGUAACAAAAUCCAUAACGCUCAAAAUAAUCGUGCACUUUUAACAGAGAUGGUUCUAGAAAUAUCGCAAGAUAAAUAUAUAGAUAAUGAAGAUAUAGUCAUUAAUGAGACCAAUACAGAAGAAAAUAUAAAUGAAUCUGAAUCAAAUAGUUUAUCUAAUACUAUAGAUCACAAUAAAACAAAGAAUGUAAGUAUGGAAAAAUACCCUAAAAAUGUAGUCAAUAUAAACAUUGACAAUAAAGAAGCUGGUACUAAAGAAGUGCCUUGCUCAAGUGAAAAAGAUAAUAGUGUUUCUAUUAAAGUCAACAAUGAAAAUAACAAUACUUCGAACUUUAGUAAAAACAGUGAGAGUUUUCAGACUGGAAAUUUGGACACAGAUCUUAAAAGAAUGGUUAUGCGAGUCAUUUUUGGCACACCUGAUGAAUGUUCUUUGAAACAGCAAGAAUCGGAAACAUCUAGUAUUGAAAGUAAUACAAGCCCUGAUAAAAAAGUUGAUAGCAAGGAAAGUAAAACGGAGUUAAAUCGGAGUAAUCUGACUAUUCAAGAUUCUAAAGAUUCAAAUUCUUCAACGUCACCCGAUAAUUUAAAACCUCAACGUCCUAUUCGUAAUCGCGUAAAACCAGUAGAUAAAGAUUUUAUUUAUGAUCUAAAAGAAGUAGCUUUUCGUAAAGAACUUCUACUUAAUAAGGGAACGUCAUGUAAAGCAUUAAAUAGAAAGUCUUUAGUUCGUUUACAUAUUGAAAACGAAAAUUCGGACAUUCUAACAGAGCAACCAUCAUCGAAAGAUUCUCUUACGUCAGUGACACUACCAUUAGAACAAGAUAAUAAUGCAGAUAAAAUCGACAUUAAAAAAAGGGCUAUAAAUACAAAAUCUACUUUGAUGAAAUUUCCACGUGUGCCACAUUUUACACAACAAGCUGAAAUCACAUUAAUAGAAGAAAAGUAAAGAAGUAGUUAAAUUUAUUUAAAUUUCGUUAAUCAUAUUAUUUGAUUCAA